AUGCAGAACUUAGCGAACAAAAUGCCUCAGUGCAGACCAUCUAUGUGGCAGAAAGAAACACUGGAAGCGUUAGAAGGAAACAAAUCGUCACAGUCUGACAACCAUUUCUCUGAAACACCCAAACGCUCCUUGCGUUGUGACAGCGUUAAGAGCAUCUGGCAACAGACCCCGUCAGCUAAUAACGUGAGAAGGGCGGGCAGCGGCAGGCGUCGGGAGCGACACCCGGCACCGGAGGGAAGGGACGGCCGCCAACGGGGCGACGGGCAGAAGCGCCCGGGGAGCCGAAGGGGUGCCCCGCGGUGGGGCGGGGAAGCGGGGGCGCUGGCAGCGGCGGGCCGGGGCAGGCGGGGGCGGGGGAAGGGCAGGCCCGCGCCCCGCAGGCAGGGGCGCUCCGCGGCCAGGCCGAGCCCCGCCCCGCCCCCGGCACAACCCGGAGACGCUGCCGCCAGGCCCCGGCAGCCCGUACUCACCCAGAGCGCCGGGAAGGCGGCCGGCGAGCCCAGCCCAGCCCUGCCCGCUCCGGACACUCGCGCUGCCUCCCGCGGGCGGACGGACGCGGAGGGGAAGGGGGCGUUAAGCGGCGCGACGCGCUCCCACCCCACUCCUCAGGUAAGACGCAAAAACCGGCCCGCUUGUCCCCAUCGGGCUCCCGUAAGGGCUGCCGGGCCGGGGACCGCGCGUCACGUGACCGAAAGAGGGCGGAAGCGGCUCUCGCUGGCGCCUCACGUGCGAGGGAGCCGGAGGGCAUCCAUUUUUAGUGAGGGAAAGCGGGCGCCGCGCAGGCGCGCUGGGCGGCGUUCCCAGGCCGCGGGGCAAGGUCGCCCGCGGGCCUGGCGCUCGGCGGCGGAGCGUGGCCGGGGGCUGCCCUGCGGGCGAGGGGGUCGGAAGGGGCGCUUGCAGCUGGCGUGGGGCCCAGGGCGAGCGGCGCCGCCGUCGCGGCGAGCCGCGGGCCAGAGGGAGCGGUUCGGUGGCCGGCCCCGCCUCCCGCCCGAGCGCGAAGGGUGGCAGUUAACGGCACAGGUCUCUGCCCGGAGAGGCCGCGUUUAACUCGUCGCUGAAGCUUCUCACGGCCUUCUGCCCGCCUGCGGGAAGGGCAAGCCGCUCGCCUUGGUUAUUUGGUUGGCGUGGUGCCGCCCUGGAGCUGGGAGCGUUGGUGCCUCGGCGGCUCCUCGGGUGAGCCUCACGAUAGCCGGCGGUGCCCGAGGGGAAGGAACUUGGGCCAGCGCUGACCGCAGGUGCCGGCAGAGCCAGGACCCUCCGCUCCAGCGCCCGGACCGCUCCGGCUGCCCACCGCCGCCUACGGCUCGCCCCUGCUGAAACCACUCCGUCUCUUCCCUCUUGACUCUCGAGCGGCAGAGCCUCGUGUGGAGCACUCGCACUCUCUGCUGAUAACCUGGGUGCCGUGGUGGAUGAAUGUGCCGUUGCAAUAUAGAAGCGUGAAGAUCCAAUUAGUGUUAAGUGGGUAGAAAAUCCGGUUCGGUGUGUGACAAACCUGGCAUACCACCCUCACCUGCGAGGGCAAACGGCCAGUCGCUUCAGGGCACGUUUUCUGAAAGAUGGGUAGUUGCCUAACUACCGCUCCAAAACAUCACAAAGGCUGUCCUUGUCCUUUUCUGUGUCAGUCACUACCCCACUAGCAUACGUAAAAUUUGUCAGCAAAAACAGUUGACAGAGCCACCCAGUUCCCGUCCCGCUUAAACCCAGCUUGCACAUCAAUUCUGACUAGGAGAGGACCAUCUCCUUAUGCCGGUAAACCACUUCCACCAAUUUGCUAAAAUGGAGCAAGGCGCAGUAGUGAUGGGACCAGAACUGACUUCAGCAUACAACAAUCAACGUUACACACCAUCCUCCUCCUGCGCCCAGUGUCACCCACCUGCCGCACUGCACUGAAGCCCAAUCCUGCUCUGCUGACUGAGCGGACUUCACGUAUUCCCUUCUGCUCAGAAAGACUGGUAUGACAGAUGGAGCCCAAAGACAGGGACUGAAUGAACUCAACAAACAUUUUAUAGAGAUGGCCCACAGACUAAGGGAAUGAUACACACACAGAUAGAUAGAUAUAUAUAUUUGUAUCUCAAAGGACAGGAAAGGUGAUGGUGAUUAAUUGGGAUGUAAAGCAUGGGACCUGAGCAUGACGUAAGUGGUAUAAAAUAAGGGGUGGAUACUGUCCUGGUUUCAGCUGGGAUAAUUAAUUUUCUUUCUAGUAGCUGGUAUAGUGUUCUGUUUUGUGUUCAGUAUGAGAAGAACGUUGAUAACACACUGAUGUUUUCAGCUGUUGCUAAGUAUGUUUAUUAAAAUCAAGGAUUUUUCAGCUUC